UAGAAAGCGUGUACCACCGAGAAGACGAGGCAACAUGGCUCCCGGAGGUGGAAGAAAGAGGCUUCACCCUUUCUAAAGCGCGAAGAAGAGCGACCGGAAAGGAGAAAAAAGAGAAGUGACUAGAGCUCAUCCUCGCUUUUAUCCUCCCAGCCUCUCCCGGGUCCGGUCCGCCUCUCCCCUUCUCUCUACCCAAAUCCAAUUUGUGGUUUCCUCCUCUCCCCGCCCUCAUUCCCUCGCUUCCUCACCCCUCCCCUCGGGAAUCCUUUUCCCGCCCCCCUUUGCCCCCCGCGGAGUGCGCACGCGCCCGCCCCCAGCUUCGCGCCCAGAUCGUCGCCUAGCCUGCUCGCGCAGCCGCUGUCUCGUCUGCCCACCGACGAAGCAUGGGUGUCCAGGGCUUCCAAGAGUUCCUGGAGAAGCGCUGUCCCGGGGCCGUAGUGCCCGUGGACCUCCUCAAACUCGCGCGCACGGUCUCGCGCCAGCAGCAGCAGCAGCACUUGCACCGCCAGCUGCCGCCGACUGCCGCCCUAGCGCCCGGGGCUCCACGCGCCGCCAGGGGCUCCGCGCCUCUGCAACCGCCGCUUCCGCCCGCUGCCUUGGGUGCCUACUCCGGGGGCGCGGGGCCGACUCGGCACCAUCACCCCGCUCACCACUUCCACCAUCACGGCCAGGCGCAGCCCGGGUUGCACCCUCCGCUGCCGCCGCCGCCCCCUCCGCUGCCCGGGGCCCGGGUGCUGGUGGACGCCGGCUCGGCGCUGCCGCGGCUUUAUGGCGGCUACCAGACGGAUUGGGUGUGUGGCGGCCAAUGGAACGCCAUGCUGGGCUACUUGUCAGCGCUGUGCCAGGCUUGUGCCUAUCCUGGCGGCGACGGCCUGGAGCUCGUGGUCAUGUUCCCGGGGGGCCUGGGCAAGGACCGGCUGGCCGAGUGGGGCCGUCGGUGCCAGGCCGAGCGGCAGACAGCGCAACUGAUCGUGGGACACGUGGGCAACAAGGGCACCCCUCCACCGCGGGCCUGGUUCCUGCCACCGGCCUGCCUGAGCCACUGCGUGAGGCUAGCACUCAUCCGCUUCCGGGUCAAGGUCUUUCAGAGCCUUGAAGACCACCAUUUGGAAGUGGUGGCGUUUUUCAGGGAAAAUGGCUUUCAUGGCCUUCUUGCCCAUGACUCCGAGUAUGCUCUCUACAAUAUUCCCUCUUACUACAGUUCCCAUGCUCUGAAACUGAGCUGGAAUGGGAAGAACCUCACUACCAACCAGUUCCUGAUGCAAGAAGUAGCCAAGCAGCUGGGCCUGAAGAGGAUGAAUUUCCCCAUAUUUGCUGCACUGCUAGGUAACCACAUCCUCCCAGAUGAGGACCUGGCUGCUUUUCACUGGAGCCUCUUGGGACCAGAACAUCCUCUUGCAUCACUUAAGGUUCGAGCUCAUCAGCUGGUUCUUCCUCCCUGUGACGUGGUGAUCAAGGCUGUUUCUGAGUAUGUCAGUUCCAUCAAAGAUCCCUCAAACCUGGAUGUAGUUGGGAAGGAUGUUUUCAAACAGUCUCAGUCCAGGACAGAAGAUAAAAUAGAGCGAUUCAAGAAAGCAGUUGAGUACUAUUCCGUCACAACCAAACUCUCUUCACUGCCAGUGGGUCCCUCCUUUCUAGGUAAGGCUUCCAUCUUUUCUCACCAAGUGCCCCAGAAAGUGAAAUAUCCACCACCAUUCCCAGUGGGACCCAGCUCAUCUCUUCUCUUCUCCUCCCAUGCUUUGGGGGAAUCCCAUGCUUUUUCUGAGGAUCCCAUGCUGCAGACCAACCCCUUUGCCAAUUGGGCUGUCUCCUAUGACUCUUCUGCAUCCCAGUUUCCCAAUUACCUGCCUUCUAAAGCCUCACCUCCUUUGGGACCAGACUCUUCCCACUCCUCUUCCUCUGAUGGUGAUGAGCCAAAUGGAGCUAGCUCUGAUCAUAUCACAGAAGCAUUUCAGCACCAGCCUGAGUGGGGAAAUCCCAAUCGUGACAGAGGGUCCUGGGCACAGCCUGUUGAUACUGGAGUUUCAGAAGUGAGCCUAGGUGAUGGUGAGCCCCACAUCCCAUCUCUGCUGUCUAUGUCUACGAGGAACCACAUGGAUAUCACCAUUCCACCCUUACCUCCAGUAGCUCCAGAAGUCUUGCGAGUUGCUGAACACAGACACCGGAGGGGUCUCAUGUACCCAUAUAUCUACCAUGUCCUCACUAAGGGUGAAAUUAAGAUUCCCGUAUGUAUUGAGGAUGAGUGUAACAUGGAGCUGCCUCCAGCUGCUCUCUUAUUCCGGUCAGCUCGUCAGUAUGUAUAUGGAGUUCUUUUUAGUCUGGCAGAGACACAGAGGAAAAUGGAACGCUUGGCCAUGCGACGGCGGCUACCUGUGGAAGUUCCUUCAGUGAUCCUUAAAGAGUGGUCUGCCUAUAAAGGGAAGUCACCUCAAACCCCUGAGCUGGUGUCUGCACUGACAUUUCGGGAAUGGACUUGCCCAAACCUCAAGAAGCUCUGGCUAGGCAAAGCAGUUGAAGACAAGAACAGAAGGAUGCGGGCCUUCCUGGCCUGUAUGAAGUCAGACACUCCCAGUAUGCUCAAUCCAGCUAAUGUCCCCACCCAUCUGCUGCUCAUGUGUUGUGUACUCCGGUACAUGGUUCAGUGGCCUGGUGGCCGAAUCCUGCAUCGCCAUGAGCUAGACACCUUCCUUGCACAGGCAGUGUCUACCCAGCUUUAUGAACCAGAUCGACUCCAAGAACUCAAGAUUGAGAAACUGGAUGCCCGAGGGAUCCAGCUUGCUGCCCUCUUCAUGAGUGGAGUCGACACAGCUCUGUUUGCUAAUGAUGCCUGUGGCCAGCCAGUCCCUUGGGAGCAUUGCUGUCCAUGGAUUUACUUUGAUGGCAAGCUGUUCCAGAGCAAGCUAAUUAAAGCAGGCCGAGAGCGAGUAUCUCUGGUUGAGCUCUGUGAUGGCCAGGCUGACCUGGCAACCAAAGUGGAAAAGAUGAGACAGAGCAUCCUUGAAGGAAUCAACAUGAAUCAUCCACCGCCUUCUGCUCUACUUCCGUCACCUACUUUUGUGCCUCCUAUGGUGCCCUCUCUCUACCCUGUUUCACUUUAUUCCCGAGCUAUGGGCUCCAUGCCACUUCCCCCUCAAGGGAGGAGCCGGGGAUUUGCAGGUCUCCAUCCAAUCCCACCCCAAGGAGGAAAACUGGAGAUUGCUGGAAUGGUUGUGGGCCAGUGGGCUGGCAGCAGAUCCUCCAGGGGCCGAGGAUCCUUCGGCAUGCAAGUGGUUUCUGUCGGUGGGCCAGGAAAGGGGCAUGGAAAAGAACAGACUGGUAGAGGAUCCAAGGGACACAAAAAAGGAAAUAAGCAAGGCUCUUCAGAUGGAGUUUCUAAAUCCCUGGAGCUUCAUCAGGGUCGGUCUCGCUCCCAGGUAAAUGGAAACAGUGGCGCAUUGAUCAAGGAAGAGAAGAGUGAUUAUCGUCUUCCAGCUCCAUCACAAUGUGCCUUAUCCAGAGACAGCAACGAGUGUAAUAAUGGUAACCGCUACUUCCCUAUGAAGAAUAGGGAGAAGAACCACUUACAAGAGCAAAAGCUAGAAACUGUGGCACAACGGAAAGAGGAUUGACAAGCUGAAGAUGGCUUCACCAAACCAGGAAGAGGGAAAAACUUUUACUUUUCUGAUUUUAGGCCCAAGCUAGAGGAGGAUAUAAAUGCUUACCCUAGAUUUCUCCAGGAUUUUGGUGGGAUGUCCUAUUUUGUCCAUCUUUUCCCCUUCCCUGCCUUUUUCUGGGACUCCAGAUUCAGUGGCUGUUUCUGGAGAAGUUCUGGUCAAAGAUGAAUGGCAGUAAGACUAGCUCCUAGUCUCAAAUUGAAUACAUAGCACCAAUAGUUUAUUUAUCUCCUCUGGGAGCCUAGUAAGGCAGUAGCUGUCAGAAAUUGGGUGUCAUCACAUAAGGUCCUAUAGAAGAGUUCCAGCUUUGGUUUUUCUGAGUAUUUAUAAUGAUACUCAUUAUCACAGACUUAUAUGGCAAACCUAUGAGGUUGUGGGAACAGCUUUGGCUUCCUGAGGUUUUGUUGUUUUUGUUUUUUUUUUUCUAUGAAGUGGUAUCCACCUCUUCUUCACUCCUUCUUCCAACUUACCUACCCCUGGAUUUUGUACCACCACCUCUAGCUUUGGCCUGACAAUCAGAUAGGUAGAUGUUUUCAGAAAAGUAAGGUAGUAUUAUUUUUUUUAUACACUUCAAAAAAAUUAUCAAUGGCCUUUGUACUGGAGGAUUCAAGUGAAUCAGAAAAGUACUGGGCAGAUUUUUCCUGCCUCUCAACCAGUGCAUUGUUUGUAAAAUAGAAGAUGUGGCACAGUUCAUUCACUCCCUACUGCCCACACCAUGAAAGGGUGGGAAUCAGUGUAAUGAACUUGAGUACGAAAGGGACUCAAAAGACUGUGUGUGUGUGUGUGUGUGUGUGUGUGUGCG